AUAUCAAAUAAUGCAUGUAAACGAAUCAGCGCUCCUUCUUUUACUAUGAUUAUUCUUAUAGAUGACUGACUAAUUGCUUUGGUCUGUGACUUGAUCCAAGCUACUGCGUUUAUAGCUAGCAUUUGAGAGGUGACCAUUUUGACUGCUAUUUGAACCGUAAUAAGAUGAUUAUUGCCGCGCUCAGGGGCGUAGAUUCUAGGAGGAGUGGGGUAGAGGUUCCCCCCACCACUCUGCGGUCUGCUUUUACUUCUGUCAGGGCACCACUGGCUCACGCAGCUCUUGCUGAAAAGGACCUGACAGGCUUGGAGUCAAUGGACCAAUGUCGGCGCACAUUAGAACAACACAAUUGGAACAUUGAGGCCGCAGUACAAGACAGACUAAAUGAGCAGGAAGGAGUUCCGAGCGUCUUCAACCCACCGCCCGCCAGACCGUUACAGGUCAACACAACAGACCACAGAGUGUAUAGCUAUAUUGUCUCAAGACCACAGCCUAGAGGCUUAUUAGGUUGGAGUUACUACUUGAUAAUGCUUCCCUUCAGGUUUACCUAUUACACACUUCUGGACAUAUUCAGGUUUGCCCUGAGAUUCAUUCGGCCGGAUCCAAGGGGUCGCGUUACAGAUCCAGUUGGAGAUGUCAUGUCCUUUAUUCAUAGUUUUGAGGAGAAGUAUGGUCGAUCGCAUCCUGUAUUCUACCAGGGAACAUAUAGUCAAGCUUUGAACGAUGCCAAGCGAGAGCUUCGUUACUUGUUAGUUUACCUUCAUGGGGAAGAUCACCAGGACACGGAUGAGUUCUGCCGAACCACAUUAUGUUCAGAAGAAGUACUGACCUUCAUUAACACAAGGAUGCUAUUCUGGGCAUGUUCUACCAGCAAGCCAGAGGGUUACCGAGUCUCUCAGGCCCUGCGUGAAAAUACCUAUCCCUUCCUGGCCAUGAUCAUGCUAAAGGACCGUAAAAUGACAGUUGUUGGGCGACUUGAGGGGCUGAUCCAGCCUGAGGAUCUUAUCAACCAGCUGACCUUCAUCGUGGAGGCAAACCAGACAUAUCUCAUGUCAGAACGACUAGAGAGAGAAGAGAGGAACCAGACGCAGGUAUUGAGGCAGCAGCAGGAUGAAGCUUACCUCGCAUCCCUCCUUGCUGACCAGGAGAAAGACAGAAAGAAAAAAGAGGAACAAGAGCAGAAACGUCAAGAGGAGGAGAAUGCUCGCCAGAGCGUCCUUGCUGAAGAGAGGAGACUAAGAACACUGGAAGAAGAGAAGGAGCGCAAGUCUGAGUGUCUUCCCCCUGAACCGCCCUUGGACGACCCGGACAGUGUUAAAAUAGUGUUCAAAUUGCCCAAUGAUACUCGUGUGGAGCGGAGAUUCCUCUUUGACCAGUCUUUGACGGUAAUAUACGACUUCCUGUUUUCAUUGAAAGAGACCCCUGAGAAAUUUCAAAUAGUAACGAAUUUCCCACGCCGGGUUUUGCCUUGCUUGCCGAAGGAAGAGCAGCCCAAUCCCCCCACUCUGCUGGAGGCCGGUCUGAGCCGGUCAGAAGUCCUCUUUGUGCAAGACCUCACAGACGAUUGACAUUUAGCUAACCCCCUGCUCACAACUGAAGUCCCGUGUCCCCUCCAGUUCUUCUCUUCAGUUCAAUGGAUUGGACAAGGGAUCAUUGAAAUAAACCUUUUACUGAAUUAAAAAAAGUAAUCCACCCUUCCCUGCACUGAAGUUGUUCUGUAAAAUGAGCGCAGGUGAACGGCCCUGUAAAUAUAUGACGUAGAUAUUUAAGGACAAGCCUGGAAGCCAAGACAGUUAUCUUUGUUUUUUUUUAAGCAAAUCAAAGUCUACCAUGUAAUGUAUCUUAUCUAACGACCAAAAGAGGGUUAUCGUGAAAAGGAUCCGAUGGGCUGCUUGCAGUUCACAGCUAGUUUGGAAAAGAAAACUAAGACCACAGCUUCUCCCUGUGGCUUUGUCUAAAUAGAGUGCAGUGCAAGUUUGCCCAUAGUGUGCCUGUGGUAAUUCAUAUGUUGCCUGUCGUCCAUCUGAUGGAUUUGGUCAUGUAAAGAUAUAAUUUUCCAAUUCGAAAUUAAACGUUUUAACAUGU